AUGGCUCACCUGCUGAGAUCCGUCCUCUACCCAAACGGAGAACCUAGUCGUGCUGCACAGGUUGGAUCGAGCUCCUCGUCAAAUCCAGAUCUCGGCCGUCGUUUUCCGACGGGAUCCUCGAGCGGUGGCGCCGGAGUUCCGUCGGCGCAACCAAAUCGAAGUACCUACAACAACCCUCCUGUGUAUUUCACUUAUGACCCGGAGAUUGAAGAAGCUGCUCCAUCGGGUUUUGAUCUGAACAAUGCUGCACCAGAAACAAGUUCUGCACCAGAAAGCAGUGCUGCUGGAAAAUUUGUACCAGGACCUCACAGUGGGCAAGCUGGUUCUGCUGCAAGUGUAGCUCAGGAUUAUGAUGAAGAGAUAUUGUCCCAGCCUAUGGUACCAUAUGUUGGCCUGACUUUUGAUGAUAUAGAAGAAGCAAAAGAGGUGUACAAUAAUUAUGCAUACAAACUAGGUUUUGGUACACACAUUGGCAAUACAAAGUACAGCACAGCGCGACAUGCGCCAAAAGGUACAAUUCCGAGCAGAGUUUUCGAAUGUAUUCAUGCUGGCAAACCUUUUGAUGGAACAGCUAAAACUACUAGAAGCAAUUCAGAAGGUUCUGUAGCAAUGGAUAUGAGAAGCUUCAGUGCGCAGAAAUCAAAAGGGAAACAAGCCAAGGAGCAGAUGGAUGUAAAAGACACAAGGCAGCGGAAUAUAGUGCUGCGACAUGGCUGCAAAGCGCACAUGGUAGUUGGCAUGCGUGCAGGAGUUUGGACAGUCACAGUUUUCAAUGCAAAGCACACACACCCAAUGGUGUCAAUGGUCGGGAGAAGACAGUUCUACCGAUCACACCGGAAGGUCCCAGAGGAAGAUUUCCAGUUGCUGCAAACACUUCACAACCAGAACAUAUCUACAUCAAAAAUAAUGGGAGCCCUAGCAGAUGUCCGUGGUGGUGAUGUGAGAGGGCUGCCAUAUGUCAAGAGGGAUGUAUCAAACAUCCGCACAAUGCUGCGAGAAGCUGUGACGCUGCGAGAUGUGAGCCUGACAGUUGAGUACUUUGAGAGGAGAAAAGCUGAAAACCCAAAUUUCUUCUAUGCCACACAACUUGAUGGAAAUAAUGCAGUAAGAGCACUGUUCUGGGUCGACGGAAGGACUAGAUCGCUGUACCAUAAGUAUAAGGACUGUGUGUUCUUUGACACAACAUUCUGCACAAACCGCUAUAAUAUGCCGUUUGCUCCUAUAGUGGGAAUCAAUAACUACACACAAACAAUUGUGUUGGGUUGUGCUCUGCUACCAGAUGAAUCAAUUGAAACAUUCAGAUGGGUUUUUGAGCGUUGGAUGAUGGCAAUGGAUAACAUGGCACCGAAAAACAUAAUGACUGACCAAGAUAAAGCAAUGGCAACAGCGAUUAGCAAGGUGUUCCCUAACGCAAUACAUAGAUGCUGCUUCUAUCAUGUUUUGAGUCUUGCUAGGAAAAAGCUUGGGUCAAACUUGAGAGAAGGAAAUCCAUUUGCAGAUGCAUUCUACUCAUGCAUAUAUGGAACAGAUACUCCCGAAGAAUUUGAGUUAUGUUGGCAGCAUAUGCUGCAAGUCUAUGAAAUGACUGACAACAAACACUUGGAAAACAUGUGGGGGAGCAGAAAGACAUGGGCACCAGUGUAUUUUAGGCACAACUUCUUUCCAUUCACAAGUACCACAGGACGCUCUGAAGGACUGAACUCUUACUUCAAGACCUUGGUGCGACCAGGUGAAUCAGUAUUCAAUUUUGUGCAACAGUACGAAUUAUGCCAGAACCUCAUGCUUGAUAGAGAAGACAACUCAGGUUUCAUAAUGGAAACUACAACCGCUCCACUUUGGGGAAGCUGGAGCAUUGAAAAGCAAGCAGUGCUGUUCUACACAAGAGAAGUGUUUGACAGGUUCCAGAAGAUGCUGCAAAUGUCAACUGGAUUUUAUCCGCUUCGAACAGAGCUAGAAGAGUUGUGUUUUGAUCUUGUCCCAAACCCCGGACUUGACCUCAGAACAUACACAGUCCAAGUUGGGUUAGAGGAAGAAACAUACACAUGUGGCUGCAACCAAUUUGAGAUGUGUGGACUGAUAUGCCCUCAUAUCAUAAGGAAAACUGAAAGUUUGGCAGCAGAUUCCUGUAUUGUUGAUGACACAUAUGCAAUAGUGUUAGACAUGGUUGAUGAGGCAAAGAAGGUUGUAGCUGCAAUGCAUAGAGCUAGAGUAGCUGGGCAGCAAGGUCAGGGAGAAGAACAUGGAGAUGCUACAGAUCCAAGAUCAUCAAAUGUUCAUCAUGAACAUCAGCAACGUGGUAGCAACCUAAACCAGCAGCAGCAAGAGCAGCCAGUAGCACACGAGACACCUUCAAACAGCAAUCUUCGUAACCCUACCAGAGUAAAGCCCAAAGGUCGUCCAAAAGAGAAGGAGCAAAGAAGGAAGCCCCUAGUUGAGCUAAGGGAUGAAGCUAAUAAGAAGAGAAAGAAAAGAGCUGAGGAGCCAAAGGUGAUGAAAGAGUCAAAACCAAAAGGACAAUAUAGAAAAGAAAUGCCCAUUUUGCAAUGA